UCAAAAACUCAACCACUCAUUAUCAACUAAACCCACGUGUAACAUUCAUAAGCAAAUCCAGUAAUUAUACUCCAAUUUAUAAUUUUUUUAUUUUAUUUAUAUAUAAACCCUUUUGAUUUUCUGGGUGUUUUGUAGGAGCUAAGUUUACUGUAGAAUUAUUCUAACAAGUGUUCAACAAUGUCAGUAAAUUGUUGUUUUCUCCCCAAUACCUCUAAUCCAAGAACACCCAUUUCUUUUCUCAGACAAAACAGGAAAAAACCUAAUCUGGGUCAUUUUCAUUUCCCUCUAAAUUCCUCUUAUUCUCCUCCUAAAUUCACUUGUCAUCUUAGCAUUGGUUUUGAUGAUAUUCUUACAAUCACCCAAAAUAAGGUUUUGAUUGCAGCAGGUGUAUCCGCAGCAAUUGGGCAAUUAGCAAAGCCAUUUACAUCAGUUUUGCUGUAUGGCAAAAAUUUUGAUAUAAAAGCUGUUAUUCAAGCUGGUGGAUUUCCUUCUACUCAUUCUUCUGCAGUUGUGGCUGCAGCGACUUCUCUGGCACUUGAUAGGGGCUUCUCGGAUUCAAUAUUUGGAAUGAGUGUUGUUUACGCAGGACUUGUUAUGUAUGAUGCACAGGGAGUAAGGAGAGAAGUUGGAAUUCAUGCUAGAACACUAAACAGGCUGCUGAUGGAGGACCAGAUAAAGUCUGUAAUGAAAGACAAUGAAGAAAUCAGAAAUUCUGUACCAGAAAAGUCAUCUGCGACAAACAUAAAAAGCUCACGUUUCCUUGAAGAACCGAAUACUUUUAGUAAAGAACCGACAACUGCAACUCAAUUACUCGGAUCUAGGCUACUGAACAGUACAGCUGAGAGGGGGAAAAAAUUAGAGAAAACUAAUUCUAAUAUAGCUCUAAAAGAAUCAAUUGGUCACACUGAGGUUGAAGUUAUAGCAGGAGCACUAUGGGGUUUCCUCGUAACCUUGACUGUUUAUGCCAUUAUGUGAUCAUGGCUUGUUCAAUAUCUUCUAUAUUUAUAGCAUACAAAAUUCUUAUUGUGACAGUCUAAUACCAAUGUCACUUGAUCAUGUUUUUCAUAGAUGUCGAUAGUUAAAUGUGUUGAACUUGAUUAGCCAAGGAGAAACAUGGUUCUUAGCAGAGCUGGUGAGCUCUGGCCAUUUUUGUUAGGAUAUGAAUCUGGGCAUGAAUUAUGCUGCUCUUGGUUCUACCAAGUUUUGCGCGGCCAUGUUUCUGAGAAAACAUGAAAAUUUCACCAAAAUUGUGUGUUUCAAGAGAUACAAUACAGAAUUACGGAGCAUUUUCUUCCAAAGUUUGUAAAGAUGUUCCAAGAGUAUAGUAAAGCAAUUAAAAUCUUUUCCUCA